AUGCCUCAUAUUAGAGCUGAUUUCAAGCACUUGAUUUUCAAGACCUACUUUAGUGUAUCAGCAACGAGAAAUAUGGAGAAAUCAUAUGAGAAAGUAAUAGAUUUCUUGGGUACUCUAAAAACUAACGCUUCGGUCCUUGAAAGCAUACGUCAGUCAGGUGGUAAGCUUAAUGAUAGAAGUCUACCUGAAAUGAGGGAAUAUUGCAGGAGAAUUGGAUACGAGGUUCCAAGGGAUUUCGAUAAGCUGAAUAUUAUACACAUCUCUGGUAGUAAAGGAAAAGGAUCCGUAUGCAUGUUUACUGAAUCCAUACUGAGGAAUCUCAGACAUAUGGAUGGAAUGCCUCGACUUCGCUUCGGUAUAUGCUUUGACACACGAUCGGUUCGUGAGCGGAUUAGGAUCGAUGGGAAGAAAUUGAAUAAAGAAGAUUUUACUAAUUACUGUUUCGAAGUUUGUGAAAGAUUAAACAAGGCUGAGGCUGCCAAUCCGGGAAUGUUGAUUGAUGGUAUUCCAAUUAACACUCCAGAAUAUUUCCGCUUUCUCACUCUUUUGGCAUUCCAUAGUUUCAUGCGGAAAAAGGUUGAUGUAGCAAUCAUCGAAGUUGGUAUUGGUGGGGCGUACGAUCCAACAAAUAUUAUCGAGAAGCCAAUAGUGUGUGGAGUUGCAUCUCUUGGUUAUGAGCAUCAGUCUCUUUUAGGUCACACACUUGCUUCAAUAGCCUGGAACAAAGGUGGAAUAUUCAAACAUAGUGUGCCUGCUGUCACAGUUGAGCAACAAACAGAAGGCAUGAAAGUGUUGAUGAAGCGUGCAGAAGAAGCUCCUCUGAAACAAGUCCAACCGCUGACCAAAGAAAGCUUGCAUGGCGCUACUUUGGGUUUACCAGGAGACCAUCAACUUACAAAUGCUGCUCUUGCAAUCGAAUUGUGUCGUGUAUGGCUCCAGAGAUGCCAUAAUAUUCGAAUUUCGGAACAAAAUCCUCCGAGAGAAUUUAUGAAAGGUUUGCAAUCAGCCCACUAUCCUGGUCGUGGACAUAUAGUCAAUGAUCAAAGGUAUCCCAAGAUUACCUGGUUCCUUGAUGGAGCACAUACUGCUGAAAGUAUUAAGGCAUGCGCAAAAUGGUUCAGUGAUGUUACAAGUCAACAUGCGGAAGCCAACGAGUCUACCACGGAGAGAAUUUUGCUAUUCAGCUGUACCAAAGACCGUAUUGGACAACCGUUGUUGGAAGAACUCGGUUUAAUACAUCAGAAAAAUAGAUUUGAUCAUGCAGUAUUUUGCACUAAUAUACCGUCUUUGACAAAUAAUUACAAGAUUGACCUGCAUCAUAACACGGUAGAGGAUGAUCCUACACUAAGCCUGCAACAUACAUUGGCUGAGACAUGGAAGGGGUUGGUAAUAAAGCCAAAGAACGCUGGACAUACCUGCGAUACUCACGUUCUACCGACCAUUGAACAUGCAAUAAAUUGGAUAACAGAAUAUAGCAAAAAAACUGACGCGAGUUUGCAGGUCUUAGUCACGGGAAGUUUGCAUCUCAUAGGUGGAUUUAUGGCAAUUCUUGAAAUAGAUGUUGAUUAG